AUGCGGAAAGCAAAAUCUAAGUACUUUUGUGAUAAAAUCCAGGCAAGCUCUCAAAUGGGAGACAGUAAAAGCGGAUGGGCUUGGAUAAAUUCGCUCUUAGGAAGGAAGCAUAAGAAUGUAAAUAUUAAUGAACUGAAAGUAAAUGAUGAUAUUAUUUCUGAUGAUAAAUCUAUUACUGAAACAUUAAAUGAAUAUUUUAUAAAUAUUGGAAUGAAGAUGGCUGCUGAAUCAGCAUGCCAAAGCACUGAUGCUUUAAAUGAUCAAGUAAUUUAUGAAAGUACUGUGCUUCUUCCUAAAGAAAAUUUUCACUUCGCAGAUAUUACUAUAGAUAGUGUUUCCAAACGCCUACAAAAACUAAAUGUCUCAAAAGCGACAG